AUGAGAGGGUUACAGAGAACAGUCAAUACAUAUAAGGGCGUGCGUGUGGGUGUGGGUGUGGAUAUUCCUCCGUCAAAUAGGUUUGUAAUUUGGCCUAAUUUCUCAUCAGGCAAAACCCUAGUGGGCAAUACAGACUGCGAGAAAAAGAAAAAAUGGAAGGGAGAAAACCCUAGAAGUACUCCGAACGACGACGUGGAGAUCGAGGACAUGGAGUGGAACGAGGAAUUGCAAGCUUUUACAUACCCGUGUCCUUGCGGCGAUCUUUUCCAGAUAACUAAAGAGGAUUUGCGGAUCGGCGAGGAAGUUGCUCGGUGCCCUAGCUGCUCUUUGUAUAUUACGGUUAUCUACAACAUCGAGGACUUUCAGGAGUCCAAGAGAAAAAUUGAGCCCGAGAAGCAGCAGCCCGUAGCCGUAGCUUGAAAUGUUUCAGGUUUCAAUUUUUUAUAAUUUUAUUUGUAGGUGUGAGAGGAACUUAAUGUUAAAAAAAGAAGAGAUUUUCGUAGAUUUGGUUUAGAUUGGAGGGUUUGUAAAGGCUGAAUUUUUGUACUAUUUAGAGAAAUAGACUAGUUUGAGAUUUGAUAUUGAAAUACUAUUUACAUUUAAUAUAUAUUGUUUCAAAGUA